GUGACCCGCCCCCGCCACGUGAUCUGGCCGGGGCGGCGGGAGAAGCGGCCUGGUGUCAUGGAGCGCUUCGAUAAAGCGGCGCUCAACGCGCUGCCUCCGCCCGAUUUCAGGCAAAGUGAAGGUUCAUUAGCAUCAACUCUGAAGACUCUUCUGUUUUUCACAGCUUUAAUGAUCACCGUACCAAUUGGAUUAUAUUUCUCUUCUAAAUCUUAUAUAUUUGAAGGAAUCUUAGGGAUGUCCAACCGAGACAGCUAUUUUUAUGCUGCAAUUGUUGCUGUAGUUGCUGUCCAUGUGGUGCUCGCUCUGUUUGUCUAUGUGGCAUGGAACGAAGGGUCACGGCAGUGGCGAGAAGGCAAACAGGAUUAAAGUGAACUGCAUCUUUGGUCUCUACAAACUGUGGAAGAAAACUGCUAAAUGAGAGGGUCUGUGUGCGGAAUGAAGAAAGCAUGAGCAUGUUUGAAUUGACAAGAGCUUUGAUUCCUUUUCCACUAGUUUGUAACUUGAUUAAACUCAAAGCUGUUGCACAGUAGAAAGCCUGUAUAUGAAGACAAUACAAUGAGCUAGGAGGUAAAUUAAUUUUCAUAGACUAAAAGAUGUUUUGCACUGUAUGUACCCUUUUCUCAACCUGUCCCUAUUAAGACUUAAGGUACAUUUAAGUUAUGCCUCACCAAGCUGCAGUCUCAAUUUGAAUUGGUACUUUUACUAGUAGUACUGCCAGCAUGAUUAAGUGUCUGGAUCUCAUUUCCAAUGAUGGACCUGCAUUCUUCAGAUGCUAGAACUAAUCUAAGUCACUGGGAAUCAUUAAUUCUAAUUCAUAGGGAAUCUGGGUUUUUCACCACGUUACUUUGGGUAAAAACGGGACCUAUAAAAGAUGUAUUAAAGCAGCUUUUGGGAGCUGAAGAACUCACAUGUUAAAGCAAGAUACUUCCCUGCAGUAAUUGUCCAGCACUUGCAGCGAUUCCUUGUCAGCCUUUUAAUUGGUCUUGUUUAAACUUUGUACUUUUGAACUAUUGUGACUGUAGUUUGUGUGAACUCUAGCCACAAACGUUUUUUUUUUCCUGCAGAAAAAAAUUAGUGAUGUCAGUGAUGAAUUUCUGAAUUUUUGCUCCAUUUAGGGAGUGUGGACGGGCCAGGUGAACUUAAGCACCCCAGAAAUAAACCCUGGAAAUUUCCCAACCGUGUUCUAAGAAACCAUGUCAGUAAGAACAAAAGUAACUGUACAGAUCAUGUUUUGGUCAGAAUGUGGCCAUUAAUCUGGUCUUUCCAGCCCUGAGCUACAAUUGUGCCCAGAUCUUGAAAGCCAGUAACAUGAAUUCACACUUAUAUGAAGUUUUUGUUUUAGGUUAAAAUUCUGCCACUUCUUCCAGUCUAUUAGCUCCAUUAUUUCUGAUGGUUGGUAACCACUGAUAACUAGAAAGAGCUAUCGCCUGUCUUUAGUGAAAAUCUCGGUAUUAUGGUUACUGAUUGUCAUCACCCAUUUAAUUGGGAUUUGUUCGGCAAUGGGAAAAUCAAACUGUGAGUGAGUGAAUGUGUUUUAAUAUUCCUUUUCAAGAUUUGAAUUUGGAAAGAAGUGUGUUUUAUUUCCAGGAAUUGCAGAGUCUUGGUAGGGAUUAGGUCAAGGAGUAAUGCAGCAUUACUUUUGAACAACUCUUUGUUUAUCAGAUGUUUUUGUCAAGGCAAACUAUUGUUUUCUGUUUCAGAUGCUUCUGUUUGGCUAAUAUAACCUCUUUUCAUACACCAUUCUUAGGUUCUUUUUCCUUGUGUUUUUUUUUAUCAAUGAUCUCCUUAUUGUAAAAGGAUUAAUGCUCAGUGAGAUUCCAGCAAUAUAAAUAAUGUCUGAUCCUGACUAAACAAGAAAAUGUCCUAUCUCCAAGGCCAGGAUCAUAUCCUGAAAUUUACACCCAUGUUGGGUAGAAUGAUAGCCAAAAUGUUACUUUCAGAACAGUUGUUUUCCACAUAUUAAUGUCUAACAUACAAACCUGCUGCUGCUCUACACUGUAUAAAAUGGGAUGUGGUAUUUGAAAAGUAGGUUAUUUUUGAAGAUGUCACAUUUAUGAACGUACCUCAGGUACCCUGCUGUACAUUUUAAUAAAGAACUACAAUGUCAUUCUGAGCCGUUUGAAUAUCUUAAGAAUGAAAUCCUUGAUUCAGAUAAAUUUAUUACAAUAACACAAAUUCUCUGCUGGGUCAGGGUUGGGUCCCAACUCCUAUUGUUCUAAUUUCAGUAGCCAUGUCCUUCUCAAAUGUUCAUGGUGUGUUGAAAAUAAAGAGCUGUUAGUUAA